UGGAUUGGUGGGCUACAGCAAACCUAAACUCUAAAAUAGGUGCCUAUCAAAGCAAGGAAACGAUUAGGAGAUUCAACUAAAAGCAGAAAACAACUGGGAGACGAGAUCUGGGAUUUUGUACAAAGCAAUUGUUCGAUUUUUCAGGGGUUUAGGGGAAAACUCAUAAGUAACCAGGCGUUAGCGGAGAUGUUCUCCCGCAGGAGCAGGUUUCUUUCGUUCCCUUUGGUGAUUGGAGCAGUAAUGGGAUACACGAAAUUUAUAUCCAUGAGAGAAGAAAGGGACAACGCGGAAAUGGAAAACAACAGGGAAGGAAUUCCCCAGGAACAUGAACCAACCAGCGUUGGAGUUGUUUCUGGGAAGGCAAUAUUUGGCCAACCACUUGAUGAGUACUGGAAAAAGAAGCUUCAAGAAGAGGCAGCAACUGCUGCUGCUGCUAAAGAGACCAACGAAAACUCGAGCAGUGAAUAACAGUUCUAACCAGUCUUCACCACCCUAUCACUUGCAUUUUCAUCUGUUCCCGUUUUUAUAUAGUAGGAGUGGGAAUCGUUCUCCAGACUGCUUGGUGAAGACAGGUUUGCACAGUUUCAUAUAGGCUCAUUGCUCCUCUCAUUAUUACAAUCUCUACUGCAGGCAGAGUUCCUAAGACCUUACUAGAUUUUCAUCUUUACGCUUCUCGUGUGAACUUUCGCACCUUUUCUUUUGCCUCCAUUUUCGUGGUCCAAGGGGCGGAGAUGUACAUGUAGACUUUAUACACUGCAAUCCCAUCGUUCAACCGAAGACAGUCAACUUGCACCCUAGUUUCUCUGCUAUCUUCCCUCUACGGCAAAAAGUGACGAUUACCUGCCAACUCUGAAGCAGAAUUGCUGUGUAACCGAUCUCUAUGGAGAUGUACAUGUCAAAGGAUAUUGUAAAAUAAGCUCAUCAACUCUUCUGAUGGAUAAAUCCCUGAAAUGGUUUUACUUUCUUCCCACCGUUGGUGCAUUGUUCUCGAAUCACUGAGAAUUCAGACAAUUGUUUUGUCAUUAAAUACUUGCUGAUGGGAUAGACCCAACUGCGGCUUUUAUUGAGCAUGUAGUUUCAGAACUUACCCUCUCUAAUGCUGCAGCUACUCGUCACCUUCCAACUGCUCCUGUGGCAUCCGGAUUUGGCUUUCUAUGGACAGGAAGCCAAAUGAGUAGCAGGCCUUCACUAUCUCAAACUGAUGCUCAUUCAAGAGGAUU